CACAUCUUCACAAAGAAGCUGCUUUCUUUCACCGUCACUUGAUCUGUUUGUGUUCUCUUUGUUCUCAAACUCAUAUAUUCUUUUAUAUAAUCCCUUCCUUCUUGACUUUUCCUUGAUCGAUAGAUCUCAGUUUGGUUCUUUUCUCCUUCCCUAUUUGAAAUGUAAAUUACAAAACUCUUGAAUAAAAAAAUAGAGCUUUGGAGUGAUAGGCAUUGAAAAUAUGGCUACUUUAACUGAACCAUCAUCAUCUUUAAGUUUCACGUCUUCUCAUUUCUCUAACGUCUCAAUUGGGUCUAACAUCCAUAUCUCAUCAAGCUCAGCUUCUAAUCUCGAAGUUGUUAGUCUAACAAAACUCAGCUCCAAUCUCGAGCAGCUUCUCAGUAGCCCAGACAGUAGUGAUUACACAGACGCCGAGAUCAUUGUCGAUGGUGUUCCCGUUGGUGUUCACAGAUGCAUUCUGGCUGCAAGGAACAAGUUUUUCAAGGAACUAUUCAAGAAAGACAAGAAAAGUUCCAAGAUUGAGAGGAGACCAAAGUACCAUUUGAACGAAGUGUUGCCUUCUUACGGAGCUGUUGGGCAUGAAGCCUUUGUUUACUUCCUGAGUUAUAUCUACACCGGGAGGUUAAAACCGUUUACUUUGGAGGUUUCCACUUGUGUUGACUCAGUCUGUGCUCAUGACUCUUGCACACCUGCUAUUGGUUUCGUCGUUGAGUUGAUGUAUGCUUCUUCUCUUUUCCAAGUGCCUGAGCUUGUUUCUUCUUUUCAGAGGCGGCUUUGUAACUUUGUGGAGAAGUCUCUAGUUGAGAAUGUUAUUCCUAUUCUUUUGGUUGCAUUCCAUUGUAAGUUGACUCAGCUUCUUGAUCAAUGUAUUGAGAGAGUGGCAAGGUCAGAUCUCUACAUGUUCUGUAUUGAAAAGGAGGUUCCCUUAGAAGUAGCUGAGAGAAUCAAACAGAUUCGUCUCAAGUCCCCUCAACAAGAAGAGGAUGACAGUCCCAAGGUUCCAGAUAAAACGCUUGAGAGAGUUGGAAAAAUCCUCAAGGCGUUGGACUCAGAUGACGUUGAGCUUGUGAAGCUUCUUCUGACCGAGUCAGACAUCACUCUAGAUGAAGCCAACGGUCUGCAUUACUCGGUUGUGUAUAGUGAUCCCAAAGUUGUUGCUGAGAUUCUUGCUCUCGGUUUAGGUGAUGUCAACCACAGAAACUCGCGUGGUUACACGGUUCUUCAUUUCGCUGCCAUGCGUAAAGAGCCUUCCAUCAUCAUAUCUCUUCUUAAGAAAGGCGCCAAUGCGUCUGCUUUCGCGUCUGAUGGACGCAGUGCGGUUAAUAUAUGUAGGAGACUGACAGCUCCAAAGGAGUAUCAUACCAAGACGGCGAAAGAGAGGGAAGCUAGCAAAGCGAGGCUGUGCAUAGAUCUUUUGGAAAGAGAGGUUAGGAGAAACCCUAUGGUUGCUGAGACGCCCAUGUGCUCCUCCCUUUCUAUGCCUGAAGAUCUCCAAAUGAGACUGUUAUACUUAGAAAAGAGAGUGGGUCUUGCUCAGCUGUUCUUUCCAACAGAAGCUAAUGUGGCUAUGGACAUUGCUAAUGUAGAAGGUACAAGCGAGUUCACUGGUCUUCUUCACCCGCCUUCAAAUGGGCUAACCGGAAACUUGAGUCAGGUUGAUUUAAACGAAACUCCUCAUAUGCAAACCAAACGGCUCCUUACUCGUAUGGAGGCUCUAAUGAAAACAGUAGAGACUGGUAGAAGGUAUUUUCCAUAUGGCUCAGAGGUUUUAGACAAGUACAUGGAGGAGUACAUAGACGAUGACUUGCAUAGUGAGAAAGGAUCUCCGCAGGAGAGAAGAUUGAAGAGAAUGAGAUAUAGAGAGCUUAAGGAUGAUGUCCAAAAGGCAUAUAGCAAAGACAAAGAGUCUAAGAUUGGGCGGUCUUGUCUUUCUGCUUCGUCAUCUCCUUCUUUAAGAGAUGGUCUGGACAACUCAACAUGAAACUGUACUAUUAUAUAAGUUGAAUGUGAUUAGAUAUCUUUGUUGGAAAGGUAUAAUAUCAAAUUAGGUUUAGUUUUAAUAAAGAUGAUGGGUAGUUUAGUUGUACAACAGUAAAAGAUAGGAAUGCUCGUUAACCAAAACAUUCUAACUACAUGCAACCUUUUGUUUUAAAUAAAUUUGGUAUAUACUUAUA